CGUGACCCCGGCGUGUCAGUCAGUGCGGAUCUUCCUCCGCGAAGCGCGCCUUUCUCGAGGUUUCCCUUCGGCGCCCUUUUUUCCCCGGGGUUUGUUUUUCGGGGCGCCCACCGCGUGACGUCAUCCGGAGGGAUUUCGAUUUUAAUCCGGGCGGUGUUUAAUUUGUUUGCGGCGCGGUUUUUCCCGGUGAAUUAUCGAUGCGCUCGCUGCCGAGGCGGGGAUUUGCGGAGUUAUGAAUUGGCGCGACUCUCGUGUCAUACGGGAUUAAUACUCCGCUUUUUGACAAGCGUUGGCUCACCUGCGCCGACGAGAACGGAAUUGUGCGGAGUGACGAGUUGUUCCGGGAUUGAGUUCCGGAUCGGGGGGGAAAGUGCAAUUGAAAGCCCGUUUUUUGGAUUUUGUGUCCGAUGCGAUUUGAUUGCGAACGAGUUCAGGUUUGAGCCGGGAAUCUAGAAAAAAGCGAGUGAUAAUUGGUGAACGUGAGCGGCGGGCGGUGAGCCUGACUCGCCUCGUGGAUUAAUCGAAGAAAAAAACAUGCGUUUUAAACGGUGUGAUUGAAAUUUUUUAAUUUCGCUUGUGGGAAUUCCAUUUCCAAAUCCUCGAGGAAUAAAAUCUUGAAAUCUAGUGAAAAUUGACUGUUUCCGCGCACCCGACGUAUUCUCCAUUUAAAUGCGCUUGGUUUUUUUUUUAUUUUUUAAAAGUGUGAAGUUAAGCGUGUGAUCAAAUUUGAAUUCUUCACGUCCGACGCCAGGAUAUCUAAAAAAAAAAAUUGAAAAAAUUAUUCGCCGAAUUAAAGUAAGAGCUCCUGAUUUUUCCCAGUACAUUUCAGUGUUUGUGUUUAGUUACUGAGACCGAUUAAAAAUUGUAUUCGAUUGAUUUGAAUUUUCCGUGUUUUAUUUUGAUUUGUUUUGAAUGACGGUUUCGCUUCCUGUGUAUUUCAUUCUUACAAAAUUUGUACCGUCUUUGACUUUCGACCAUUGAAAUUGUAAUCUUUUUAACUUAUUCGAACUCGAAAAUAUAGUGAAUAGACAGAUUAAGUGUAGGAAUUUUAUGGUGCAAAAUGCGAUGGGAUGUAUCAAAAUCGACACAUCGAAAGCGGAAUAGUUGGUGGCCGCACCCAUCUCCAGGCGCGUGAGGAUCGAGGAAAAAUGUAAUCCGUGUCGGUUGUUGCGUCAGUGCGUGUAGAUGAAGGCGUUGGUGGUUGCGUUAUCUCAUUUUUCGGGCGCGAAUAUGUGAGCGAGUGACGUGCCUUGUUCCACGGGUCAACAUGGUUGUCGCUGCAUCCACCGUUUGGUGCCUGAUGUGCGCAACUUUGCUUCAUCUCUCUUCCGUCGCUGCUCGCCGCCACAAGCAGUCCGAACUCGAUAUUCCAAUUCCCAUGGUCCGAGUGGAAGGAAUUGUGGAUCGAAAAGCGGGCCUGCCAUGUGACAUUUCUGCAACAAGCGCCGAGGAUUCUCCUCACAUGGUGUUGUGGUUUCGCGAGAGUGACGGCAUCCCUAUAUACAGUUACGAUUUGCGCGGACACCCCGAGGGAAAACCGAAGACCUGGUCAGCGGACAACGUGUUCGGGAAGGGAGCGUUUUUUCGGAGCUCCUCGAGCCCGGCUCAGUUGGUCAUCGAGAAAGUUCUCCUGGCUCACGAAGAUGUCUACCGAUGCCGAGUCGACUUCCUCAACUCGCCCACUCGCAACUCCAAAGUCAACUUCACAGUCGUCGUGCCUCCUGAGAAAAUAGCGAUUUACGAUGAAUCCACCGACGAAGAAGCAAGACCAAGGGAGGCUCGAGGGGAGGGAACUUCACCGGUCUUCAGAUGUCAAGUUUCUGGUGGUCGGCCACCUCCUCGGGUAACAUGGCUGCUGGACUCAGGACUGCUGGACGAAACUAGCGAUACGAUCGGUGACAGAACCAUUAACGUGAUUCACGUUCCGCCUCUGACCCGUCUCAACGUCAACUCGCGGCUCUCCUGCCAGGCAUCCAACACCCACCACAUCGCCCCGGUCACCAAAACCAUCCAGCUUGACGUCUAUCUGCGGCCAAUAUCAGUUACCAUCCAGAAAAAAGACAGAACUCUGCGAGAAGGCGUGCUGGAGGAGAUAGUUUGUGUCGUCAAUGGUUCCAGGCCUGCCGCAAACGUUACGUGGUGGAAACAAACAACUCUCAUGGAAUCACAUAUGUCAACGAUGUCAAAAGUUGGAGAUGGUAUCAUGGCAAGCACAUUGAGGUUCGUCCCAACUUCAAAAGAUGACAAUAUGAAUUUGAUCUGUCGCGCAGUAAAUCCUAAGCUCCCAUCACCAAGUGGGGCCCUCGAAGACUCAGUGAAACUCAACGUCCUAUACAGUCCAGUAGUCACUUUGAAAAUGGGCACUGGCCUGGAUCCAAACAACAUCAAAGAAGGAGAUGACGUUUAUUUUGAAUGUCUCGUUCAGGCCAAUCCUAAAAUCCACAAACUGACUUGGUUUCACAAGGGGAACGAAGUGAAACACAAUGCCAGCGCGGGUAUUGUUGUGAGCUCCGGGAGUCUGGUGCUGCAGCAAGUAACACAAAGUACUGCCGGCCAUUUCACUUGCUUGGCGGUCAAUACUGAAGGAGCGGCCAAGAGUAAUUCUAUUCAUCUGAGGAUAUUGCACUCGCCGAUCUGCCGACAGAGCCAUGACGAGCUGGUCGGGGCCCUGAAGCAGGAGAAAGUCGGCUUGACUUGCAACGUCGAGGCCGACCCGCCCGCCGUCGUGUUCAGGUGGACUUUCAACCAUUCUGGACACUCCCGUGAGCUGCCCGCCGAGUACUAUCACAACGUGGGCACUACCUCCACGCUGAAUUACACCCCUGUCAGUGACUUGGACUACGGCACGUUAACUUGCCUUGCGUCCAACUCUGUGGGGGUGCAAACUAGACCGUGUGUCUUCCAAGUCGUCGCAGCAGGACGGCCGUUCCCGCUGUUCAACUGCACGAUGGCGAACCGUACGGCGGAUUCGGUGACGGUGGAGUGCAUCGAGAACUUCGACGGGGGCCUGCCGCAGAGCUAUCUGGCGGAGUUCGUGCAACUCCCGGUUGUGGUGGGUCCCGGCUCCGGGUCUAACUCGGUCUGGUACAGGAACGUCACCUCCUCGAAGCCGCUCUUCCACUUCAGCGACUUCAGCCCGGCGGCCUCCUACCGGCUCAACCUCUACUCCUACAACGCCAAGGGCCGCAGCGAGCCUACCGUCCUCGAGAUCCUCGCCUACAACGCACAAAGUAGAGAGUCCGGUCUGGACCGGAUAACUAUAUUCAGUUCCGCGGUGACAGUACUCGCCGUGGCUUUAUUAGUCUUAAUUAUAAUUUUAGUCGCUCUGUGUAGAACUCAACUGCGAAACAAAUCCAGGGAUAAACUCAAAUACUCUUCUUCGCUAUCCGAUUCUUCGAAUAACAUAACCGAGAAUCAUAGGCCUAAGUCUAAAGUGAUAGUGGAUGAUAAAGAUCCAGAUCUCAUCCCACAAAAAAUAGAAAAAAAUAUAUUACCUAGUUUCGUGAGUGUGUGCACGACCUCUCCGAAACACUGCAAGCGGAAAAAACCGGAGGGUGCGGAAAAGAUGAGGCAUUUAAAUGGAACCAUUACGAGACCUCCACACGGCGAAGGACACUCGUCAGCCAUAACGGCCGCGCCGCAGUUUUUAACAAUUACAAAAUCCACCGAAUUGCAGGAAAGUUUCCUCUAGCCUCCUUCCUGCGGGCCAUGAAAAAUCCGCCGCAAGAUUGCGCUGUCGGCGGAAUUCAAUUAAGUCCCCACCUAUACGUUUAAGUGGCAUGUUUAUCACAGCCUCGACGAAACCUCGCUCGCCGGACAGAACAACGUAACGCACGCAUCGUCUCGGAAGGUAUUUGUGUUGUUUCUGUCGCAGCCGCGACAAAAAAUACAGCGAUCCGGCUACAAACGGCAGCUCUAAACACUCCGUUACCCCAACUUUUUAUACGUGCGUCAGUCCUUUCUUAUUAGGAAAGUUUCCCGCCAAGGAAAUCGUCCCCCGCCCCCCUCCCCGACCAGAUGCACCUCCUCCGAAAUUUAACUAAAUUAAUUCGCCGCUUACUCAUCUCGUGGUGCAGCAGUCGAAAUUCCUAAAUCACCNCCCCCCCCCUCCGCACCACCACCUCGUGCUCAGUUGCAUCUUGUCUUGCAUGCUGCGCCCGCAAGUUUUUCUUUCGUGCUGUUACGCGAGAGUCUUUUCUUGAGUGCUGCCGCUUGCAAGUUAUGACAUUCACUUCGAUGUCAGCGUUAUAGAGUUCGAGUAAAAAUACCCUUUUGCGAGCCUCACUCCCGCAUCUGGGAAGCGCUGAGGCAACCACCUGAAAAAUAUUGAGGUUUGCGCUCGUGAUGUUGAUGAAUUUUUCAGCCACGAGCGAGUUGAGUUUUUAAAUCUAAACUGUUAGAGCUCUUGACGUUCUGACUUCUUUAUUCCAUAAUAAACUCCUUCAUCGAAAAUCAUUUGGGAGAACUCUAUCGAUGGCUACACUUGGAACCGAAGUUUUUUUCCCACGACAUUUUUGAUCCUUCAAUACUGUUUUCUUCAAUGGGGAAUCUGAUGAUAGGAAUUUCUUGAACAUUUUCAUAAUUUUUCGACUCUGCUCGAAAAUAUGUUAUUAGGGUUUCAACCUGUGAGGAAUAAGGCUCGAUACCAUUCGAAUAAAUUAAAAAUUGGAAAUUUUGAACUUCAAUUUAAGUACGUUGCUUCCGAAUGUAGUCAUCGCUUGGUUCCAAUCCGUACAUAUCUAAUUCCAAUCGAAAAUAAUGCAAUCACACAGUACCUAGUCCCUUGUAAUAGUCAGUUGAAAACAGGCUGUCUGACUUUGCAACUUUCUCAGUUUUAUAAUGAUCAAUCUUCUGUGCCAGCUUCAAAAGAAUUUCGAUGAUUUGCCCCUCUCACCAUGUUAUAUCUCCCAAAAAUAAUUGUACCUCACCAUAUCAUUCCAGUCAUAUCAGUGUGGAUCUUCAAGUCUAUGUUGAGUAUUUUUUCCAAGCCGCUGUCCCCUUUUUAUUUUAUGUAAGCAAAGUUGAUCUUAUUGGAUCUGCACAGCACUCAGUUGACAGGUAAAACAUGAUUAAAGUUGAAUCGAGUGUUUCAGAUCUAUUAAAGUGUGGUUUUCCGCUCGGCAUAGAAGCAUAUCUUGAUUCUCUUGACUGCUAGUAAUAAAAUCAAAUCAUUCUUAAAUCACUGCAGGGUAAUAAAAUUUUUAAAAUUAAAAUUUUUGAUCUUCCCUUUUUUAUAAGCAAAUUAUAAUGUGUAGGAGAAUAGCGUGUAGUCAUCACUGUGAAGUUCCCCUUCUUUUUGGAAUAACGUAAAUUUUAGAAAAUUAAAGCAUUUUGUUUUAUACAUAUUUUGUGGAGACAUAUCCAAAACAAGGAAUCAUGUCAUAUCUGUAACAUCUCAUGUGAACAGUUACUUGUGUAUAUAUUAUGAACAUUUUGUUUUUGUUGUUGUUUUCAUGUAAAUAAAAUUUAAAUUUUUAUAA